UUGUACUUCCUGAUCCUGUUUUUGUUUCGGUGAAAGUUACUGUGUUGAGUGUGGAGUGUCAAGUGUCAAGAGUGUUGGUUUGAACUGUGACUUUGAUGCAUUUUAGUUCAUGCUGUGAUCUUAAACAAACAAAUGAAUGAAGCGGGGCAAGGCCUCCACCAAAAUGACCACCGUAGUUCAUUCUGGAUGGAUGACGAAGUCGCCGCCUGAAGGGAAACUGCACACCCCGUUCAAGAUAUUUCGCUCGCAAUGGAAGAAGCGGUUCUUUGUGUUAAGCAAGCCGUCCGGGAGCCUCCCCGACCAGUACGAGCUGCACUACUUUAAGGACGACCGUUGCAGCAACAAGAAGGGCUCCAUCGACCUGGAGCAGUGCGACCAGAUCAUCUCUUCCCUAGACUCGGACCAGUUCCCAAAUCUGCUCUCCAUCAAGACAGUCUACCGGCAUAAGUGGCGGACCUACUACCUGGCCGCGGACAGCCAACAGGAAAUGUCCUCGUGGGUGGAGUGGCUGUGCCACGUCUGUGGCCUCAAGCAGGAGGAGCAGCCCACAGAUAUCCCUGAGGCUAAACCUCCUACUUCAGCCAAUGGAGGGACGAUCUCCGGAUCUGCUGGGGCUCCCCGACCCGUCAGCCCACACAGUGGCUUGGGUAUAGGCGCCCCUGUGACCACGUCCCCGCCCAGCCACAAUAUGUACCCGUUGGGCUCUGUGGGUGCUACGUCCUCAUCGCAUUCUUUUGCCUCGGAGUCGAGGGAUCAUGGGGGAUCACGAUCACCUUCCCCACCGUCCUACAUCAUGCUCGAAGAGUGCAAGACAGGCCAGCCACAUACUUCGGAGGACGUCCCUAACUACGUUGCUCCGCCCCCACCUGUCAAAGCAGCACCCAACGUGGCGGAUGAGGAGCAUGAUGAUGUAUUCUUGAAACAACAUGUCCCGGCACCAAGGGAAGUUCCUUCGCGUGGUUCUGCCUCAUUUAACGUUUAUCAAGUCCCUCCCGCUCGGAACGGUGGCGGUAGGUUCCCAGCUGAUGACGAUGAUUCCCACCGGACUUCGUAUGAUGUCCCACCACCUCGUCGCGAUGUCAGUCCGAGGAUGAACAAUGUAGGUGGUGGUUGGACGGACUCUGUGGUUUCAUCCAGCAGUGGACGACCAAACACCCCGGACAGCUACGACUACCCUCCGCCUCGCCUGGACUCAACGACCUCAUCCGAAGGAGGUGACCUCCCACCGGAGAGACCUCCUAGAAUGACCCACCACGUCCCAUCGCCUUACCAGAACCUUCCUUCAGAUUUGAAUACCGUCAUUGCUCCACCACGCACCCACCAGACCACCAUGUCUAUUGGCUAUGAUAUCCCACGGUCCUCGUUGGCUGGAAGAGGCGUGGUUCCGCCUCCUAGACCGUGUCAGACCUCCACACCCUCGCCUGCAUCAUCAUCAACUUUGUCCACAAUCACACCUCCCCCGCCUAAACCUCAUCGCCCUAGCACUUCAGCCAUUCACGCAUAUUUGAACGCGCCGACAAAGCGGCCCUCGUCCGGAGAACUUAAAAGCGGAGGAAGCGACACAGACACAUCGUCGGACAGAGGAGGGGCUGGCGGUGGUAGCGACCAGGUAGAUGCCAGUGACCGCUUCACUCCACCGGCCAUCCCCCCUCCCCGCCACGGCUCUGGGACGGAUGCUCUAGACGGCCCGUCUGUCAGUCCCCACUCCGCCCUCUACCAGACCCCGCCCCCCUCCUCCUCCUCAGCUUCCUCCUCCUCCUCAGGUGCCCCCGCGAGGCCCCCUGCCCGUGCUCCACCACAGGUGCCCUCAGUCAGUUCUAUAUCCAGCGACAACAGCACCUCUCAAGUUCAGGACGAGGGUUGCAGUAUCUUCAGCACGCAAAGAACUCGCAGCUUCAAGAGACAACACAAUGUAAACAACAAUAUCCCACAGAAUGCCAGGUCAAGGACGUUACCCAUCUCAGUUCCAGUACCGGCCCCACGCCCUAUUCUCAACUCCAGACCAAGAGAGUCAGUGUCAGAUGAUGAAGAGGAAGCAACACAUCACCCAAUCAGCUUGCUCCACUCGAUGCCUGUGCCCGCUGAGCCGGAUGGAGAGCUCAAGUACAUCGACAUCGACCUGGCCGUGCCGCACUCUGGUCAGGACACCCCCAGAGCCUCCCAGGGCCACCGACACAGCCAUGCCCACACCAACGUGCACAGCCACACGGAGCGGGCCAAAGAGUCGGCUACCGAGUACCGGGAAAUUGACUUUCUCAAGACGCAGGCUCUUAGCGAGGCCAAGAAGGUCAAGGAGAAAGAGCGGCAGAAUGACGACCACAAUGGAUAAAAAAAUCAUGGCAGAAGUAAUCUUGUUUUGUUCCACGUUGCUGCUGUGGUACUGAACCCGAAGUCGCUCUCUCCCGGCCCCUUAAUGAAAACGUUACAUUUGUAACUACGCCUUUCUUCUCCUUCACCUACCUCCUCUUUCAUUUUGUCCACAUCCUGCUGUCUCAUCCUUUACCCUCCUUUUCUCCUUCUGCUUUUAUAUUUUUUAAAUUUCUCGCUGCUUUAAAAAAUUUUUUAUUUUAUUAUAUUUUUUUACCUAUUUUUCUCCUCCUUCUACUACUGCUACUACCUCUGCCUCCUUUUUUUCUUCUCCUACGACUACUCUCUACUCUUCCUCCCGACAUUCCUCGAAGCUCCGGAAUGUCGUCCAUUGUCUUCUACAAAAUGCUUUGUUGCACUCUUUGACUUGGGGCCUGUGAUUGAGUUGCUUCCCCCCUGCCUACUUUGACUACCACGGAGGUCGGAAUAUUCUCCCACCCCCCCAUCCCCCCUGAGAUUUCAGACCCCACUGGAGUUUACUUAAGCCAAUAAUCGUAAUGACCUAAACAUCCUCCUGUGUGAGUUCGGCUACAGGUUGCUGAGUUCUCUCGUCGAGUAGUCUGGUCAUAGACUCAUCAUCAGAGCAACAGUCAGUGCAUGAGGAGUUGGUUCCAUCAAAAGUGAGCGAAAGACUCAAAAAGCUUUAAGGGGAGGUUGGAACAAUUUUUUAACCCCUCCUCACUGCCUACUCGAGACUUUUGGGCUUUGUGGCCGAAUUAUGGAAUAGGCUAGCCGUGAAGGAGUUUACGGGAUCUUUACGUUCCUUUGAAUGUGAAAGAAAGAUUCACUCAACAUCUCUUGAGAACCGGAAAGGGCAAGGACAACAUGAUCCAAGAGAAGAGGAAACCUAAUAGAUGAACUAAGAGGAGGAAGUGUUUCAGGAAAAAGGAGACCUGACAGCAAAGCAUUUUGUGCCGGAGAUAAACGACUGUGGCUUCUUGUUUUCUAAGCUGGAGAGAGCAGCACAGUGUUGCGUGGGAUAACAUAUUUUAAAAAUCAGCAACCAGACAACAACAGAUUUCACAUAUGGAAUCAGUAUCACGUUUCAAGAAUAGAGCUAUGCUGGUUUUUGGGGGUGUCUUUUAAUUAAUAUUUGUUUUUCAUGUUUAUGUCUUUAUUUUAGUCCCCAAGUCAUCUCAAGUCUGUUAACCAGCAUCUGUGGUAUAUCAGUCAGGCUCUUUGCUGUCAUGUGCAGAAGACUUGAUUCCCACAAGUGGAGGAUUUUUAUAGAGUAUAAUCUCUGUCUGUCGGAGGGGAUAUUGUAUCCCUCUUCAGUGCGGCUUGGCCCUGACAGGCAGGGUCAGAGCAAGCCGCCUCCUAAAUGAUGUCAAUCCUGUCAAUGAGGGCGUAAAAUUUAUACAAUUAUUUUUUCAAGUAUGUUUUGUUUUGCUUUUAUGGUUACACUGCUUGUUUUUGAUAAUUGUGUCAUAGUUCAUCUGAUGUAGUCUGGUAUUUGCAUCAAAUGUAUGCAUUUAUAAACACACACACACACGUGCGCAUUAGUAAGUAGUCAUCUUUACAUGCUUGUUCUGUUCAUGUAUGGUUGGUAACCUUUUUUUUUCUCGACAACCUGUUUCAUCACUCCACCAUAAAGUAGAUUGUCAAUGUCGGACAAUAAAAUAAUAGAUAAUUUUAGAUCAUAACCUCAAACUUUGAUUGAUCUCGUGGGGGGAAAGGGGAAAUUUGGUUUGCAGUGGUGUAAUAUAUUAUACAGAUACAUGAUGCAUAAAUACUUAAAUAUGUUCAAUAAAUACAUAGGGAUAUAGAUACAUAUGUACUGAAACGUACCGAUACUAUUGCUGGUUGCCACUGCAGUGCCCCGUCCAACCUGCCCACGGAGAAAAGUUUACAUCUUAGACAGGUGGUCCUCAUGGACAAUAUCAUUAUAAUGUCGAAAAAAAUACGAGGUGGAAAGUGGUUGUUUAUAUAGGUGAUUGUCUUGCACAGGUAGCUGUUGAAGUAGGUUCGACUGUGAUUUUUAAAAAAAUGCUUGUUUAACUUUCUGUUGCAUUUCCCAAAAUACAAAUAGUUAUCCUG